CAAGUGCUGUGUGCACAGUCGUUACCUCAUCCCCCCAACCCAGCCCGUUUCUGUCAGACCUGCAUUUAACCGUGAGCGCACUCGUUUAACGCAAGCAACCGGGGCUUCAUGUUGACUGCGCACCGCAGGGAUUCGCCUGCACAGCGAGCCUCUCCGACGUUCCCGGAGCCUGGGCGAAGAUGACAAAAGGAUGGCAUGUUGUGGUGAGAUGACGGGGAGCAUGGCAGCCCCAGGGCCGCUGCUAGUGUGGCUGCUCGGCGUCGGCUGCGCUGUAGGCUGUGCGGCGGGCUGCGGUGUCCAGACGGAGGUGCAUAGUGAGAGGAGAGGGGUGAUCUUCAGCCCGUCAUGGCCGCUGCGCUACCCUGCUGGACUCAACUGCAGCUGGGACAUCCAGGCCGAGAGAGGGGAGGUCAUCACCAUCAGUUUCCGUAGCUUUGACGUAGAGGAGUCCCCUGGGUGUGUGGGGGACUGGCUGCAGCUGGGUCCGGUGUGGAGGGGGGGGGAGUACCGUGUGUGUGGCCCCCUGCUGCCCCCCCCCUUCAUCUCCGUCCACGGACGCGUCCUGCUCCUCUUCCACACACACACCAACUCAUCUGGACAGGCACAGGGCUUCCGCCUCUUCUACAUACGAGGGCGCCUGGGCCAGAGCAUGUGCCAGGCGGACGAGUUCCUGUGCGGUAACGGGAAGUGUGUGUUGCGGGCGUGGCGCUGUAACGGGCAGGACGAGUGCGGCGACCAGACGGACGAGCGCAGCUGCACGGCCCCGCCCACCGACGCGCCCUUUGACCUCUGCCCCCGCGGGUCGUUGGCAUGCCGACUGGGCCCCACCACGCGCUGCCUGCCCCCCGAGCGGCGCUGCGACGGCACCAGCGACUGCCCCGACGGCACGGACGAGCUGGCCUGCGCCCCUGACCCCUCCUCCUCCUCCGACACGCCCGCACCCUGCGUCCAGCGCCUCCGCAGCUUCUACGGAGCCUUCGCAUCGCCCGACUUCCUGCGUCCGCCCCCAGCGUCCGGCGUCUGGUCCGAGCGCAGGUGCAGCUGGCAGCUGGACACGGCUGACCCGCGGCCGCUGCUGUUGCGUCUGGAGCUGCGCUUGGCUCCGGGCGACGCGCUGCGUGUGUUUGACGGGCUGACGCCGCGGCCAGAGCGCCUCCUGCAGGAGCUGUCCCACCACUACAACGCCCGCGCACCGCAGCUGGAGUCCAGCAGGGGGCAGAUGACCCUCCUGUACCGCGCAGCACCCGGCAGCAGGGGCCGAGGAUUCAGCGCCUCGUACCGCGCCAAGGGCUACUGUUUCCCGGGCGACACUCCGUGCGGCGGAGACCAGGGCUGCUUCUCCGGGCACCAGCGCUGCGACGCCUACUGGCACUGCCCGUCCGGCCGCGACGAGGAGGGCUGCCCGGGGUGCCCGGCGGGGGCCUACCCGUGCGGGGGGGGGUCGGCGGGGUCGGGGGGGUCGGGGGGGUCGUGCUACACGGCCGAGGAGCGCUGCGACAGCCAGAAGCAGUGCCCGGGCGGCGGCGACGAGAAGAACUGCGCCUCGUGCCAACCGGGCAGCUUCCACUGCGCCAGCAAGCGCUGCGUGUCCGAGCAGUGGCGCUGCGACGGCCAGGACGACUGCAGCGACGGCAGCGACGAGCGCCAGUGUCUGACCUUGAGCGUCCCGCGCAAGGUCAUCACCGCCGCCAUCAUCGGCAGCCUCGUCUGCAGCCUGCUGCUGGUCAUCGCCCUCGGCUGCGCUUUUAAACUCUACACGCUGAGGAACCGGGAGUACAGGGCGUUCGAGACACAGAUGACUCGCAUGGAGGCGGAGUUUGUCCAGAGGGAGGCCCCGCCCUCUUAUGGUCAGCUGAUCGCCCAAGGCCUCAUCCCACCUGUGGACGACUUCCCCGUCUACAACCCCAACCAGGUGUCGAUGCUCCAGAAUCUUCGUACUGCGAUGCGUCGUCAGCUGCGCCGCCACUCCUCCCGCCGCUCAUCGUCACGGCGACGGCUGGGCCGCGCCUGGAACCGCCUGUUCCACCGCGGCUCUCGCCUGAGAGGUCACAUCCCGCUGCUGACCCCUCCCUCGGGGACGACUCCCUCCGCCGCCCCCGCCGGCGACACACACACUCACACACACACACACACACACACACACUCGGCCUCCACCCCCUCGCCCUGCUCCGCCGCAGCCCUGGGCCUCGCUGCACUCUGCCACGCCCCCACACACACACACUCACACACGCACUGCUUACCUGACUCGCCAGAGUCGCCGGAGUCGCCCGGCUCACCCCUGUCACCUGUGUCGGCUCUUUCACCUGACUCACCUGACUCACCUGACACACCUGAGUCUGAGUCCCCCAUCACGCCUGAGUCCGCCGGGUCCCCCCUCUCCUCCUCCUCGGACUCCUCCAGCUCGGACGCCCAGGCGGGGCAGGACGGUGGCCCAGCCGGAGGCUCCUCUCCUGGGCAGGGUGAGGAGGACGAGUGCCCCCCCGUGGUGGUCCAGAGCCCCAGGAUCGGCCCGCUCAUCUACCGCCACCGUCCAGCCCGGAGACGGGCCCUGGCCCUCGCCGCACACUCACACUCACACACACACACACACACACACUCACACUCACACAGGGACACAGACACGGACGCACGCGCACACACACACGCACACACACACACAGCCAGGAGGCGGGCCCUGGCGUUAGCAGCACACCUGAGGGGCGUGGCUCUGAUCAACUACCCCUCCAGAGGACCCUCCCCCCUCAGCUCCCCAGACACGCCCCUUCCCCCGCCGGCCAAUCAGAGCCAGAGACAGCAGGUGGUGGGCGGGCCGAGGAGCCCCGCGGUUACCACGCCAACGGAGGACAAACAGAGAGAAGCGUCGGGGGUGAGGAGGGACUCUAAUGACCUGUCAAUCACAAGCAGCUCAGGGGACGAACAGGAGGGAACGCUGCUCAUCACCUGACACACACACACACACACACACACUCUCACACACACAC